AUGGAAAGUUCAGUGAAGGGAGUGUUCAAGAGGUCGCGCGGAUGGCCUCUGCUAACAUUUCAGAACACUAAAUCCUCACAACACGAAAAUAAAGUUAUUGACGCUUACCUUGAGGAGGAUGAGCCUUCCAUGGAUCUUGCAUGGCUUCACUUGCAGCUUGUGUAUGAGCUUUUCUUGGGGUAA